ACCAAGCAAUAAAGAGAGCAAGGAAAAAAAAAAUCCAAGUUAAGACUCCCGAAGUCUUCUUCCACCAAAAAUGAACAAGACCUCUCUCUUCACCCUCUUCUCCCCUCUCCUCCUCCUCUUCUCCUCCUCCGUCGCCGCCGACCCCGACAUGCUCCAAGACCUCUGCGUCGCCGAUCUAGCCUCCGCGACCAAAGUUAACGGGUACACAUGCAAACCCGCAUCCGAAAUCAACAUAACGGACUUCUCCUUCAUGGGCAUCGCCAAGCCGGGAUCCACCAACACCACCAUGGGCUCCCUCGUCACAGGAGCCAACGUUGAGAAAAUCCCAGGCCUCAACACCCUCGGGGUCUCCAUGGCUCGCAUAGACUUUGCGCCCGGCGGCCUCAACCCCCCUCACACUCACCCUAGAGCCACCGAGAUGAUCUUCGUGCUCGAAGGCACGCUCGACGUAGGAUUCAUCACCACAGCCAACAAGCUCUUCAUGAAAACAAUCACCAAAGGUGAAGUGUUUGUGUUUCCAAAGGGACUGGUGCAUUUCCAGAAGAACAACGGCAAUGAGCCUGCAUCGCUGAUUUCGGCGUUCAACAGUCAGUUACCGGGGACCCAGUCGCUGGGCGCGACGCUGUUUGGAUCGUCGCCGGCUGUGCCUGAUAAUGUUCUGACUAAGGCUUUUCAGAUUGGGACUAAGGAGGUUGAGAAGAUUAAGGGAAGGUUUGCUCCUAAGAAAUGAAAGUGUUGAUGAUCUGUUUGUUUUGAUAGCUAGUAUUAUUGGAAGCAAAUUGAGUUUGUUUAUAAUUGGAAUACUAUCAAUCAUGUGCUAAUAAGUUGUGGAGAUCUGAAAGCGAAACGAUUCAGUGCUUUUGUUGUUGAGGGAAUAAAUUGCAAAUUAUGGGAGUAGUUGUUCAUUAGAAUUUUUUUACUUUAUAUUAUUUCAGUAGGUAAGAUCUCUA